AUGGCCAGCGCAAGCCCCACCGGCGAGAUCGGAGGCAUGGCGGCCAACGGCACGGCCAAGGCGGGGAGCUUCCUGUCCUUCUUCGCCGAAGACGUCCAGCGGUCUCCGAUUCUGUAUUCGGCUUUCGCGGUGAUGCUAGCUUUGAUCGUUAUCGUGGGCAAGCUCUCGUCCCCGAACCUGGACGAGCGCGAGCCGCCGGCGAUGAAGCCCCGGAUUCCCGUCAUCGGCCACCUGCUCGGGAUGAUCAAGCACCAAGCCCACUUCUUUAAGUCCCUCGAACACAGGAACAUGCCGAUUGCCACGCUGCCCAUCCUCAACGGCAAGUUGUACGGUGUUUGGGACCCGGUGCUGAUACAGUCAAUCUACCGCAAUAAGGACCUCUCGUUUGAGCCGUUCGCGGUCGAGUUCGCGCAGAGGGAGCUGGGUUUUGACAACGACACGCUCAAGAUUCUUUCGAAUGGGGUUCUGCUCCCUCAGUUCUUCGAAGGCAUCCAUGCGGCCAUGACACCGAGGAACGUACGGCGGAUGAACGCGAACGCACUCAGGCACGUAGCCAAGGUGUUGGAGGACAUCCCUGAUGGAAAGGCGUUUGAGAGUGCCAACUUUUACGUGUGGGUGCGAGAUCUGAUGACCAUCGCCACGGCUGAGGCGUUGUAUGGCCCCGAAAACCCUAUCAGGAAGGAUGAAAGCUUGCUUGAGCAAGUUUGGGAUUUUGACGCUGGUCUGGCCAUGCUGAUGUUGGGUGUCGUCCCGUCCAUCACAGCCAAAAAGUGCUACCAGGCUCGCGCAAAACUGCAGGCCGUAUUGGCCGAAUACUACGGUGCCAACAACGAUGACCACGAGGACGCGGGGCAGAUCACCAAGAACCGCGCCAACGUCUUACGAAAACACGGCAUCUCUGGCCACGACGUCGGCAAAAUAGAGAUUGCCCUGCUGCACGUAUCGACGUCCAACACGAUUCCGACGCUUUUCUGGUUCAUCGCAUUUGUCUUCACGCGUCCUGAUGUCAUCGCUCAACUGCGAGACGAAGCGGCGGCAGUUGCUACGCACGGGGAAAACGGCGAGGUCACCAUCGACAUCGCCGUUAUAGAUGAGAGGUGCCCUCUGCUGGUUAGUUGCUACCGCGAAGCCAUUCGACUGUCCAACAAGGGUUCAGGCAACCGCCGGGUGAUGCAAGACACGACCGUGUCGGAUGGCAAGGGCAGGUCGUAUCUGCUGAAGAAGGGCUGCAACGUUCAGGUCUCACACGAGGUGGCCCACAGCUUGGAGCGUGUCUGGGGAUCCGACAUGGACGUUUUUGUGGCCGAUAGAUUCGUCGACAGCAAGGCCAAGAAGGAGAACUUGGAGGCGGAAAAGCUGAAGAAAGCUGCGUGGGUCCCAUUCGGAGGCGGGAGACAUCUUUGUCCUGGGCGGAACUUUGCGUUUGCGGAAAACCUGGGGUUCGUGGCGUCGCUCUUGCUGGGGUUCGACGUGACGCCGCUGGACAACAGCAUGAAGUCGACGACCGAGCCUCCAAAAAUGGACCGCUGUCCAAUGACCGCUGCCGCCGCUAAGCCGGUGGAUAGCGGGGAGGGCUUCGGGGUCAGGGUCGAGAAGCGGAAGGGAUGGGAAAACACCAAGUGGCUGUACAGCAGUUGA